CGAAUUCCCAACAAAAACACAGUUUAAGGUUACACACCCAGAAAGAAACCAACUAACCUCCGAAGAACAAAAACAAACACAACCAUGGGAGCACGAAAGAGACUCAUCACUACCCCUGAACCCUCUUCCGAUCCCAAACAAACCACACUCCCCAAACCCCAACAACAACAAAUCGACCCUCCAAUUGCACCUCCCAAAUGGGGUUUCCUCCUCAAACUAUCUCUCUUUUCCAUCCCGUACUUCUAUCUCAUUUUCUUCCAUUUCACCAUCGAUUCCCACCUUCGAAGAUCCAUCAUCAUCAAUGCUGGACUCAGUCUCUCCGCUUUCUUUGCUACAGUUAGAAUGAUCCCUGUUGCUUCUAGAUAUGUUCUCAAACGGAAUCUCUUUGGAUUUGAUAUUAACAAGAAGGGUACUCCUCAGGGAAAUAUUAAAGUACCUGAAUCAUUGGGUAUAGUUGUUGGUAUUGUCUUCUUGGUUGUGACAAUCUUAUUUCAGUAUUUCAACUUCACAGCAGAUUCAAAUUGGCUUGUUGAGUACAAUGCUGCUUUAGCAUGCAUCUGUUUCAUGACAUUGCUUGGAUUCGUCGAUGAUGUCCUUGAUGUCCCUUGGAGAGUAAAAUUACUACUACCAUCAAUUGCCGCACUUCCUUUGUUAAUGGCAUAUGCUGGACACACAACUAUAAUUAUACCAAAACCACUUGUACCACACAUUGGCAUAGAGAUUUUGGAUCUUGGAUGGAUAUAUAAACUAUACAUGGGGCUAUUGGCUGUUUUCUGCACAAAUUCGAUCAAUAUACAUGCUGGAUUAAACGGCCUUGAAGUUGGACAGACGGUGGUUAUCACAUAUGCUAUUCUGAUACACAAUAUUAUGCAAAUUGGAGCGUCAAAAGACCCUGAAUAUAAACUAGCACAUGCAUUCUCCAUUUACUUAGUGCAGCCGUUGCUGGCUACCUCUUUGGCUUUACUUUCUUACAAUUGGUAUCCUUCUUCAGUUUUUGUUGGUGAUACGUAUACAUACUUUGCUGGGAUGACUAUGGCUGUGGUUGGUAUUUUAGGCCAUUUUAGCGAAACACUCUUGAUUUUCUUCCUGCCUCAAGUUUUGAACUUUCUCUUGUCACUACCACAGCUUUCUGGCUACAUUCCAUGUCCUCGCCAUCGUCUUCCGAGGUUUGACCCUCACACUGGACUACUGACCGGAACAAAUGACGGAACACUUGUUAACUUCUUUUUAAGAAGUUUAGGGCCGAAAUCCGAGAAAGCACUUUGUGUAUAUCUUCUUAUUUUCCAGGGUAUUGCAUGCGGUUUCUGUUUCCUGCUGAGGUAUUUCCUUGCUGGUUGGUACAAAUGAAAAACCAAGCCUGAUGAGAAUCACCUGAGAGGCUGAAUUGUUGUAUAAUCAUUUUUGUAGAAAAAACAUUUUUAGUGUAAUUGGAUAUAGGAAUUUCUUUUGCUACUUGAAUGUUGCAUGCCAAAUAUCAACUUCAACUAAUACACACAUGUCUGGAGAUGUCAAAUAACCUUACAGUUUAUAUUUCAUCCCUUCACUACAAGUUAACUUCUAUUUUAUGUGAUGAUGACUCUUGUAAUACGCCCUAAUAUUAUUUACUUUAUGGUUCA